UCCGGAUGGGAGCCGAAACGUCUUGAUUCUGAAAACAGUGUCCAGAUGACUACGACUGAAACCUUUUCUACGAUAGAACACUCCUGGACGAAUGAGGGACGACACCGUCCAAUUCAUUAAUUGUCAGAGGGGUGUGGCAGGGAGGAGAGCCCCUUUUGUUAUAUAUAUAUUUACAGAUUUAUAUUUUAUUCAGCAUUUCUUUUCAGCAAUUUUAUGGAAAUUCUGCAACAAGUAUGGUAUGUCUUGUUUACAAAGUUGACAUUUUAGCCUGAGGAUGGCAACAUGGAUGUGCGCAGAAAAUAUCACGGCAGGCAUCCCAUUACAUUUUGAUAUUCCAUGUGUACAAGUAGAGAUUUGAGCCUAUAGACCUGUCUAGGAUGUUUCCCUGUGGGGACAUUCUCCAUCUCAGCUCAGCUACGUCACUUGCUCCAGGUGAAGAGUGCAGGUAGUAGUUUAGGCGGCCAGAGUAAAUCCAGGGCUUAGAGAGUGAAGGAGGGAGGGACGGUGUGGAGCAAGAGGAGAAAAAAGAUUACUCAGCCAUUGUUUUAUCAGAGAGACGAAGGAGAAGCUGUCAGUGGUUGUGUGUGUCCACUCCUCUAACAACACCGACAGGCAUGGUGCCAGACAUGGAGGGGAUCAUUGAGAGCAUCAUUCAAGGAGACCAGGACACUGUCCAGCUCCUACUGGACAGCUACAACACCCAGUAUGCUGAGUGCUUCUUUUUCAACACUGAGGUGCAGGAGAGAAAAAAGCAACAACAGCUGGAAGAGUUCAGGAAGAACAAAGUGAGAGACUAUGCUCCCGACUCUGAUUCUGACAUUGACUCAGACGACGAUGAACCUGAUCUUCUUCUCCGACAGCGUUUGGCCACAGCUCUGGUGUGCUUCAUCAGUAGUCAGCUACAGCCAGCAGUGUUACGGGUUUGUCUGCAUACGCUGCGUAUCCUGUCCCGCGACAGGCGGGCCCUAGGGCCCAUGGUCACUGAUAGCGCCCUUUUCACUUUGGCACACCUGGGAGGCAUCAGCUUGCUGCAGGCAUGCCCACAGCAGGAGGAAAAAGCUGAAGAUCUGUCAGCCAGAACACACAGCCAGAUCCACAGAAGAGCAGCGAGUGGCUGUGAGGAGGCUGCAGAUGCUGAUGCUACACCAUCACCUGUUAGCUCUGUGCUUUCGUUUUCUACUCCUGUGGAGGUAGCUGGUGCUGCCACCACAAAUGGCUCAGUUGAUCACCACUAUAAGUGGAAAGGUGAUGGAGGUCAUGUGGUGCUUGCCCGUGGGAAGAAGGACACCCGGGAAGAGAACAGUGAGGAGAAAGAGAAGGAGGAGGAUGGGGAGGUGUGUAGGAAGGAGGCCAUUAAAGUCUUGUGUAAUGUCAUCUACAACAGCCCGCGGGCACAGGAGAGGGCCAGCUCACUAAGGCUUCUGCACAGUCUGUGGGAGAGUCUGAAGCAGGGGAUCUGGAGCAGGGCGCCGUCCAGUGGCCAGUUUUACAAGCUGAGACUGCUCUUCUUACUUACAGCCCUGAGGCCUGAGCUCAGGCUGCAGCUACAGCAGUGUUUUAUUUGCCCCUGUCAGGAACGUGGAGUGUCAGUGCUGACCAAAGCCCUCCAGCAGUGCUUGGCUGUAAGGUGGGGUGAGGGAUAUGAGGUGCUUAGUGACAGCACAUCUCCUCCCAUCUCCAAGGAGAUGUCCCAGGAGGUCAUCGAGAUCCUUAAGACACUCUUCAACAUCGCUCACAUGUUCCACAGGCAGGAGCCAGAUGAGUUGGACAUGCCUGGAAUACCUCCACAAGGAGGCAUCCAUAUCAGAUGCCCGAAACCAACCCAACUGACUCCAGCUGUUCUUCUCCGAGUUCCUUCCGGAUGUCCGAUCUCCUCACUAAGGGAGGAUGCUGCUCUGUAUCGCCACCUAGCAGCUGUGCUGCGCCACUGCCUGCUGCUGUCAUGUGAUGAAGAAGACACGUUGGAAGAACUCCAAGGUCAUACAGUUAACAUCCUGUCAGCACUACCGCUGACAUGUCUGGACGUCCUGCUAUCUGUCCGUGUGGACCAGGCAUCCCACAAGUGGGAGGGAGUCAACAUGGACUGUGUCCACACAUUGCUGCUCUUUAUGGACAGACGCCUGAACAGGGGUCAGAAGCUGAAGGAGAAACUGACCCCUGUACUGAAUCUGCUGACUGAGAGUUCUCGGGCACACAGGGAGACGCGUCACUACUUACGGCAAAAGAUCUUACCCCCACUGAGAGACGUUGCCAUCCGACCUGAGCAGGACACCACUCUGAGAGGCCAGCUGGUCCGCCUGAUGACCCACGUUGACACAGAUGUGAAGCACUGUGCUGCUGAGCUGCUCUUUGUGCUCUGCAAAGAGAACGUCAGCCGCUUUGUCAAAUAUACGGGAUAUGGUAACGCUGCUGGGCUGCUGGCAGCUCGGGGACUGCUGAAUGGCAGAAGGCAUUCAGGCGACAGCCAGUAUGCCUCCCAGUACUCCAGUGACUCAGACUCAGACACAGAGGAGUACAGGGAGGCCAAAUCCAGGAUUAACCUGGUGACUGGCCGGGUGGAGGCGGAGCAGCCUGACCCAAUGGAGGGCAUGACGGAGGAAGAGAAGGAGGAGGAGGCCCGUCGCCUCAUCAGCAUGAUCAACAGACUAUCGCGAAACCAAAUCAUUCAGCCACUGGGUGUGACAGCAGAGGGGAGACUGGCUCCACUCUGGGGCCAAAUGAGGGGCUGCACACUGGAAGAAGAGGAAGAUUCAGAGGAAGAUUUGGAUCCGAAGCCAGAGGGGAGGAAAGACAAACAGAUGGAAUAGAAUGAUGUAAACAGUGAGCUGUAGAAUAACAGAACAGAGACACAGGCAGAGACUAAAAAGCAGUCUAUUUCACCACUUGUUUGUAGUGCACUUAAUUUUCCCUGCUAUAUUCAUACAGCAACAGUGAAACACUGUUAAAGCAGAUGCUACAUCAUAUGGCUGCAGGCAUAACCGUCAUUCACAAAGUUCAAUUGUUUUAAAUGGACAUGUUACUAUAGUAUGAGUGGUCAUUCUGCACAUCCUGUGUGAGGUGUGCUGCACCAAAAGUUCAAAUUACUUGGAGCUUUGAAUCCACCAUGCACUGACCUUUGAGAGACUGGCCAAUGGCUGCAGCCUGCUGUAAAAGACAGUAAAAGAAAAUACUUCAUUAGAUGAUGUGUCGAACAGUAGUAGGUAUGUGAAGGCGUGUGAGUUGGAAAGUGGGUACAGGUUAAGCCAGAAAAUGUUUUAACACUGUUUUGUCAGUGAGCAGCAUUUAUGUUAUUUACAGUAUUUUUGUAGCAAAACCCCUGAGCACCUUUGCAAAGGAAUUUGUAUUUGAAUAAUUUUUUAAUGUGUCAAUGAAUGUGGAUUCACAGAAAAAAACUGUUUAAGAAGUUAUCAUAGAAAAGGUUUCAGUCGUAGUCAUCUGGA